AUGCCUUUGUACACGGACUGGACACAGAGGACCAGCAGAGGAGUUGUGAGUUAUAAAGGCUGCAGCUCAGCCAUCUCUUACCCGCCUCAAGUCUCCUACCUUAUUGCACCACCUGGAAUCUCCAUCGCCUCCUACAGCCACAUCUGCCGGUCUUACCUCUGCAACAACCUCACCAACGUAGACCCCUUUUGGAAGAUCAAGGCUACUGUUCCCAAGACCGUCCCUCUGUCUACCCAUACUUGCCCCACCUGUGUGGGCAGAUUGGAAGAGGAAUGCCAUCCAGCUUUUGCCGCCAACGAGACUUGCCCCUACAGUGCUUCUACAUGUUACAGCUCUACCUUAAAGUUUGAGGCUGGAGAUCUCAACAGCACCUUCAUCCUCAUGGGCUGUGCUCGCCAGCAGCACAAGCUUUUAGCAGAUUUUCAGCACGUGGGAAGCAUCCAAGUCACUGAGACCCUUAAUAAUAUGGAUAAGUCCCAGAGCACCGGCGGCAGCAGCGCUCUUUCCUGCCACAGUUCUUUUGGAGGCCUUGUCUUAGGCCUCCUCCUUGCUCUCAGCGAGUGA